AUGAAAUUCUUAGUUCUUGUAUUGUGCGUUGUAGCCGCUAUGGCUGAUCCAGAAUGGCACACAUUAGAUGCUCAUGAAGUUGAACAAGUUCAAGCAACAUGGAAGGCAGUUAGCCACGAUGAAGUUGAAAUCCUCUAUACCGUCUUCAAAGCUCAUCCAGAUAUCAUGGCAAAGUUCCCAAAGUUCACUGGCAAGGAUCUCGAAGCAAUUAAGGACACUGCUGACUUUGCAGUUCAUGCAAGUAGAAUUAUCGGCUUUUUCGGUGAAUAUGUCACACUCCUUGGAUCAUCAGGAAACCAAGCUGCCAUCAGAACACUCUUACACGACUUGGGAGUUUUCCACAAGACCCGUGGUAUCACAAAGGCUCAAUUCGGAGAAUUCCGUGAAACAAUGACUGCCUACCUCAAGGGACACAACAAGUGGAACGCUGAUAUCUCACACAGUUGGGACGAUGCCUUCGACAAGGCAUUCUCAGUCAUCUUCGAGGUCUUGGAAUCAUAA